CACCGACUGGAGCACCCAUGUCCAUGCGCCACACCUAAAUCCACUUUAAUCCUUGCAGCUUCUCGAUCUAGAAUCAUGCCAUCCACUGAUCCACGUCCACCACCAGCCGGCGCAUCCUUGAAAGCCAAACAAGAUUUUGCGGUGGGCCUGAUCAAGGAUGAGCAGGAUGACACGGACCGUCGUGGUUGGGACGUAAUCAUGUCCGAAGCUUGCUUUGGAGAACUUCCACGGACUGAUAUUUCUCGAUAUCUUCACACAGGAGAAAUCCUUUGUGGAAUGGUGAUCCGUGGAAGAUUACAAUCUGCCGUCUUUGGUACUUUCAUGGAUCUAUGCCUUCAAGGCGUAUGCUCCUUGAAUGCUCUCGAGCACCCCGUGCACUACAAUAAUGGAAACCGCGACAGCGACUGCCAUAGAUGGAUUAUGCGCAUGCUAGGUGUUUUUAACUGUUUUAACGCAGAUAUGCAAUUGGUGCAAGGGGGAUGGUAUAUGGAAGUGGAGAAUCGCUGGAUCCAAUACGAUGCACAUUCCACAUGGCUAGUGACCAUGAUCGAGAGGAGCUUCACCUCUCUCGAUGCUGUCUUCAACAUCAUCCGCGCCAAAGGCCGACUGGGACCCGUUAAUGCUAGCCGGUUAAAGGAACUGGAGGGAAAGUACCCGCCGUAUCCGACUUGGAAGGCAGAUAUCAACAUCAACCGCACCAACGGCUGGCAUGGGAGCGGAACAUUCGCAUUUUGGUUACCGGAGAAUAUUGAUCCUGCCAUCACCCAACUAGGAGUCUACGAUGGGAUUAUGGCGCUUUCGAAGGACUUCCAUAGACAUCUCUCAAGGACGGAAAUGCAUUACGCUGAAUUCUUCGAUAUUAACAGAGAUGAAAAGUAUGUUGAAGAUGUUAACAGGAAGAUAAAAGGGCCAAACUAAGCAAUUAGUGGAUCGACCCUUUCCUUAGGGAUGUGUUGAGGUCGCACAAUUAAGC